AGGGAUAUGUGAAACUUUUUAUAAAGGGCGGCAGCCAAUUCUGAAACACCACAAAACACAACAAAAAAAGAAUCAGAUGCAAUUAUGGCUUCUAGCAAUGGCCGAAAAGCAAGUGAGAUCUUUCAAGGCCAAGCUCUCAUAUACAGACACAUGUUUGCCUUCAUAGAUUCUAUGUGCCUCAAAACGAUUAUUGAGCUUGGAAUACCAGACAUAAUCCACAAGCACGGCCAACCCAUUACUCUUUCUGAGUUGGUGUCAAUUCUACAUGUUCCACCAGCUAGAGUAGGUCACGUUCAGAGCCUCAUGCACUACCUGUCACACCAUAGAUUCUUUGAAAGUGUAAGAAUCCAUGAAAAAGAAGCAUAUGCUCUCACUGCUGCUUCAGAGCUACUUGUAAAAAGCAGUGAACUUUCUUUAGCUCCAAUGGUUGAGUACAUCCUUGAUCCAACUCUAUCAGCUUCAUUCCAUCAAAUGAAAAAGUGGGUUUAUGAGGAAGAUCUCUCAGUAUUUGAUAUCUCCUUAGGGUGUAGUUUAUGGGAUUUUCUUAACAAAAACCCUGCAUACAACGAGUCAUUCAAUGAGGCAAUGGCUAGAGAUUCUCAAAUGAGUAAUUUGGCAUUGAGAGAUUGCAAGUUGGUGUUUGAGGGACUGGAAUCCAUUGUGGAUGUUGGUGGUGGAACUGGAGCCACUGCCAGGAUGAUCUCUGAAGCAUUUCCUGACUUGAAAUGCGUUGUGCUUGACCGUCCUCACGUUCUGGAGAACUUGUCCGAAAGCAACAAUUUGACAUAUGUUGGUGGGGACAUGUUCAAAUCUAUUCCUAAGGCUGAUGCAGUUCUGCUUAAGUGGAUUCUUCAUGAUUGGACUGAUAAAGACUGCAUAAAGAUAUUAGAGAAUUGUAAAGAAGCUAUUUCUUCAAAUAAUGGCAAAAGAGGAAAAAUAAUCGUCAUAGAUAUGGUGAUACAAGAAAAGCAAGAUGAGCAUAAAGUUACAGAACUAAAGCUCCUUUGGGAUGUAGCCAUGGCAUGUGUAUUAAAUGGAAAAGAGAGAAAUGAAGAAGAAUGGAAGAAACUCUUCAUGGAAGCAGGGUUCCAAGACUACAAAAUAUCUCCCUUGACCGGGUUUCUGUCUCUUAUUGAGAUCUAUCCUUAGAUAAUUAUGUUUUAUUUUUUAUUUUUUAUUAGUUUCAUGUUAUGAACUGAAUUAUGUUGUUGUAAUAUGUAUUUCUUUUGGUACAGAAGUUGUAAUAUGUAUUUGAUAUUAGUUUUAGAACUUAUGAAUAUGGAAGAACUAGUGGAGCAAAGGCACUGGGAGAAUAAUAUCUGUUGUUGUGCUUCUCUCUCCGCACAAAUUCACAUCAAUUGAAUUUGGAUUGCGAUAAUUGACUCGCUUGCAGAGAGAGAGAGAGAGAGUGUGGCAUAGCACCAUAUUGUUUUCUUAACGUUAUUAUCGUAUUGUAACUUUAUUGUUUUUUGGGAUAAUAUUGUACCGGUAACUUAUGGUCGUUAUAAUAUAUGUCAUUCUUGUUA